CUUUAAUAAAAGUUUAGAUUUGGAAGAUCUUUUCUAUGAGCCAUUCUACAAACACUCGAGUUUGACGUCGAAGGGGUCGAGGGGUGACUCAGUGGUACCUGCUAUAUAGGGCGAAGGUGAUUUUAACGGCUCGUAGUUGUUCCUUCAAUCGAUACACGCGCAGUGUUGUUUGCUUCACAGUAGCGAAAAUGUUAGUGAGCUCGUUGUUCUCUGCGAGCAUCCAAAAAACGUUUUUGGACAAAGUGUGAAAUGCCCUAAAAUCACAUUGCCGCGAUAUAUGAUUUGUGAAGCGAUAAGAAUAGAUCGUAAAAUAAAAUAGUGUCGCUGAAAACUCGAGAAUUUCCGUGUCCGCGCUUUGCCGUCCGUUCAUUGAUUUCCAAGAAAACAUGCCGCGCGCAAAAAGAACCCUUCAAUUCUAACGUGAUUGUUGUGCCAGCAAAAACGAUAUCGUAAAAGUGCGUAUUCCUAUCAAACGAUCGUAGACAAUGUAAUGUUAGUGUUCACGAUUGAAGUCAAUCUCAAACUCGUUCGUCGAUAAUCACCGGUCAGUUGAAGAAGACCUGGUCAUCACGAACGGGGUAACAUUGCGUUAACCGCGAGGUGACUUUUUAAUCGAAUCAUGAUCAUUAAAAUUCUGCUGCAUACGUAAUUCGUUAUCCAAUUCGAAACAAAUGGAUUUGAAUUGUCCACGAAUAACAAUUUCUAUCGAGCUAAUAUCCAAACAUAAUAACAUUAUUAUCACAUCAUGAAAUGAUACGUCGAAGAAUUUAAUACGAAGAGGAACAGUAAUCGAAACUCAUCAGUUCUGGGAACAGCUGUUACCAAGAUUUCUACAGUAGCACAGUGUAACUGAUAUGACAAUGAAAAGUGGAAUCGCAUUUCCAUCGUCAAAACGACAAAAUUAUUGCACCCGGUUAGACGAUAACUGUUCCUCGUAACCAAACUAGACGAACGCCUCGGAUCGAGUAAUGCUAAUUGAGCCAUCUGUAACGACUUCGAAAUCAUUUAGCCGGAAACGAUAAUUCGGAAGGUGUUACGUUUCACGGAAAUCUUCUAUUAACCAGAUGAUUUGUAGCAGUAAUGCCCUCGUCGGAGGAGGAAAGUCAGUGGCUCGUUGGCAGCGGGGGUGGUCUUGCAUCUUCCGGCGGUGGUGCGAUAUCCGGUACUGGAGAACGUACAUUGAACACUAGAGGAGGAUUAUACACUGAAGAGAUGACGACUCAACAGACGAACGCAAACACUGCAGGUGUGAACGCGGCUUCAGCCGAUUCUGCUGAGCACGAUUUGAUCGACUCCACCGCGGAUGCAACACUUUUAGCACAAUUUCACGAGGACGCUAUCAAUCAGGCUGGAGUUGGUUACUUCCAAAUAUUAGCUGCUCUAUGUACAGGCUUGAGUCUCGCAGCAGAUACUGUUGAAUUUUUUGUUGUACCAUAUAUUUUGCCAAGUGCAGAAGUUGAAUUAUGCAUUGAGGACAAUGAAAAAGGAUGGCUCAGUAAUAUUACUCUGAUGGGGCUGGCAUUAGGUGGAUUGUUUUGGGGUGGUUUAGGAGAUAGAAUUGGACGACGCAGAUCAUUAUUAUCUGCAAUGUCUGUUCAUUGUUUAUUUAGUAGUGUUGCUACUUUUAUGCCAACUUAUGGCACAUUUAUGACUGCUAGAUUUUGCUCUGCAAUUGGAGUGGGAGGAACUUUACCAUUGGCAUUUACGUAUCUUGCGGAAUGUUGCCCAAGAUUACGCAGAAGUAGAUGGGUUGGUUUACUUGUUGCGGCAGGAGCAUUAGGAGGCGUAUAUGCAGCUCUUUUAGCAUGGGUAGUUGUUCCUACAACUGGGGAAAUGGUUGUUUUGGAAAAUAAAGAACAUUUCAGUGCUUGGCAUCGCUUCCUUUUACUUUGCAGCCUGCCUGCAUUAUGUUCUACAGCUGGACUCAUCUUUUUACCAGAAAGUCCAAGAUACUUAGUUGAAGUAGGCAGAGAUGUAGAAGCAAUGAUGGUUUAUCAGAAAAUAUAUAAAAAAAAUAAUGCACGAAAAGGUGCAACAGGUGCACAAUAUCAACUUUCUGAAUUAGAGCUUCCUACUAAGAGGCCUCGUGGUUUGGCACCUCCAUCUCCUACUAAUCAUACUAGUGUUUUGGCUGAUAUAAUUUAUUCAAUUGAAAUGUUUUGGAAUUCUUUCUUGGAACUGUUUGUAUCACCGCACUUGCGCGUUACGGUAGUGCUUAUAAUUAUUUGGUCGACCGUAUCGUUUGGACUGUAUGGUCUCAUGAUAUGGUGUCCUGAAUAUCUAAAACUUUUACGCGCUACAGAGUAUAAAGCUCACACUGUACAUAUUUCUGGAAAAGAAUAUAAAGGACAAACAUUUAGCGGAUCUAUAGAGAAUUGUCAAUACAAAGAUUCAACUUUUUUGAACUGCAAAUUCACAAAAAUGGUCUUUAGUCAUGUAGAUUUCGAUAAUUGUACUUUCCAAUCAGUAGAAUUUAGUAGUAUAAAGUCGAGUAAAACUCAUUUUACAGACAGCAUUAUCGUAUACUCGAAAUUUGUGGAUACGGAUUUAUCUGCACAGGUUUUUACGAAUUGUAAACUGGAAAAUAAUACGGAAUUAAGUUUAAGUGGACCCUGUCCGACUCUUGAUUUGGAUUACAAUAUUUAUAUAGAAGAAGCACUACAUGGUCAUCUUGUUGCUCAACUGGCUUUUGUGCCUGCUGCUGCUUUAGCAGGAUUGGCACUCACUGUACUUCAGCGGCCAAAAAUGAUUGGUAUUUCGUUAUUUUCAUCUUCUGUAGCUGCCCUGUGUUUGAUUCUAGUAGGCUCAAAUAGUUCAGCGGUACUUGGCUUCGAAGGCGGUUUUAUAGCAGUUUUUGCUAUUGCUUGGACAUCGCUUACAUUGGUUACGAUUGAGAGCUUCCCUACGCAUUUAAGGUGUACUGGUUUUGGUUUUAUAGCGGCAGCUAUAAGAAUAUGUGGUUUAAUAGGAACAACAACUUAUAAAACUUUAGUUGGCGCACCUUUAAUUGCGCCUGCACUACUAACUGCAUUACCUUUGGUAGUAGCCAGCGUUGUAACAUUCAAGUUACCCCACACUCAUACGGUUUUCUUAUAAAGAUAUUCCGAGUAAGUGAUAAAAAGGAGCAAAGUUGUUGCAAAAAGACGUUUUCAAUUUAUAUUUUAAUGGGUCAUUUAUGAGCUGUGCUAAUCUUUUUACUCAAUAGUUUUAUGACGCGAAAAGUCUUAAGAUACGUUUUGACGAUCGUGGAAUCGAUUUUUAUAACAAAAAAGGGUUGAAUGAAAAUUAUAAGUGGUGUUCUGGACAAGUGCGAAUUUUCAAAUUUGCAAAUUAGACAAAGAUACGUUACAUUUUCCGUUGGAAGUGUAACUUCAUACAAAGUGGAUUAUACUAAACCGGUGCAUGAGAUGAUGAGCCGUGAAGAAUUUGAGAAUUUAAAGCGCACAGAGAUUAAAGUGUAAUCGUCUGAUACGCUAGAAUAUGGAAUUUCUACAAGAUUUUAAUACACAAGUUUCAAGCGUCAACGAAAUUCGUCAUUAUUAGCAGACAAAUUUUAGAACAGACGAAAGACGUACAGAAAUCCAAUGUUUAAGUCAAAUUAUGGAAAUUUUAUGACUUAAAGGUUUUAUCCCAUCUAACUACAACUUCGAAUAUAAGAGUCAAUAUACGACUCGUCCUCCAUGGAGAAAAGUUGCAAAAUACAUAUACAUGUUUGUAAUGCUAUUUUAAUAGGAUAAUGGCAGUGAAGAGUGUCAAUUUUAAUGGAUGUUGAAUGGAUGAUCAUUAUCAUCCAUAUAAUACGGUGUCUUACGGUGUUAAGACAAGAAAAUGACUAAAACUCUGAGAAACCUUGUUUAUUGAAAAAGCAUUUGAACAUCCGAGAUAGAAUACGUGGAAUGUUGUCUAUAGUGCUUAGAUGUUUUUUUCUGUUCAUAAUUAAUCUAGAAAAGUUACGCAUGAUCCUAAAAUUACUACAUUUCAAGCAGAUCGAUGAAAAAAGUUUGCCAAGGACAGUAUCAUAGAAACUUUUGUAUCUACAAAUGCUAUGAAUGCUUUUGCAAGAAAAAUCAAGUACAUGUUCUAAAGAAAUAAAUAGGGAUACCCCGAAUCGAGUUAUAGUAUGCUGUUUGUACUGCAAGACGAAAGUAAAUCAGUAAAAAUAUAUUUAUUAUUUUUGCUUUUUAACGAUUAACUAGCUUGCAAUUCGCUCUAGAUACUAGACUCCGAUAAUCAAGAGGCAUUAUCCGUGUAAUAAGAAAUGUAAAUGCUGCCGUAUAAAUCCUAAAUUUCCAGCUUAAGAUUUGGAAUCGAAAAAUGGAAGCAUACGCUUCAACGUUUAUUAUAAAUCUAAGAGAUUAUCGCCUCUAGUCAAGUUUUGAUCAUCUUUAAGCUUACAAUGCGAUAAAUUUUAAAAAUGCGUUAAACUUUCUAAUACUUAUAAUGACGUAGGAAGUUAUUUUCUACAAGAUCAAGACGAAAGAUCGCAUUGUCAUUUUAUUGUAAAAAUCGCUAUUACAUUUAUGAAAAUUAUGCCAGAAUUUUACUGUCGUUGUGAGUCAAGAAAAACAUCAUGAUGGCAUGCCAAAGUUGGAAAAAAGUACUGGUUCCUCAGAACAAAUAACUAUUUCUAGGCAAUAAGAACGUAAAGUAAGUUUUACGACAUGAUUAUUGAAAUAUCUCAUAAGUUUUACGACAUGAUUAUUGACAUAUCUCAUUCUUAUUAAAACUUAAAAUAUAUUACUAAGUAUUUAAGCAAAUUUCUUAGUCAAGUAAAAGAAGAAAACAAACUGCUGUUGGCAAACUUAAACACAUAAAAAUCUACGUCCCAUGGUUAGUGAAUUUUUCAUAUCCAGUUGUUGGCAGCUAGUUAAGAAAAAGAUAUUAGUCUUAUAAACCAAGUUCUAUGUGUCAUUUGAAAGAAGUAGAAACGAGUCCAAAAAUUUUAUCGAUUGCAUGAAUUUUUUUUGUAUGAUUCGGUCUCUUUUUUUAUUAUACAUACUAAUAGUGAUUAUUUCUUUGAUGAGCAAAUGUUACUUGUUUCUACUUCCACGAACUUUGAACUUGGUAGUGAAACAAGCCUGUGCUGGCGUUAUAUUUAAGAAUCAUAAUGAGCAACUAUUGUCAACAGAGGCAAGUCGAAAUUUUGAUUAAAAUAAAAUCCUUAUUUCAGUUUUACUUGGAAUCGGGACCACAAAAUAGCAACUCAUGUAAUAUGUACUUAAUUGGAACACAGAAAAGGAUUUACUGUUCGCAUAUUUCCGUUGAUUGGUCAAGCAAUUUUUAAUGAAAUUUUGGUUUGGUCGCCGGCACAUGUAGUUCCACAAUUAGUGAAUCGUUGCUACAGCAUUAAAAUCAUUGUCGCUCGUAGAUAAUAUACUUUACUCGACAUAUCACUUAUGAGCAAGCACUCUAGAUUGGUAGGAUUUAAUUAGACUAUUGAUUAAACAUGCAUAGAGAUAUGUACCAGGAAUCAUAAGAAGGUAAAGUCCCAAAUCAGUAAAAUAGAAGUGUGUGUGUGUGCAGACAAACCACUUAGUUAUCAAUACCAGUUACAGAGCUUUUUGUUAAUACUAUAAACUCAACUAAUCGAACAUGAUAAAUACUUUGGUUGUACACGGAUUGAUUAUCAGCGGAUCGAGGAAUAAAAACGUAGUAGAUAAAUAAUACUAUAACAAAAUACUCAAAGAAAUUUGUGGAUUGACACUUCGUGCAAUAUUAUAUUUGUAAGUGUAAACAUUAUUUUUAUGUCGAGGAUCUAGUGCACAAAUAUACGAGAUCCUCAUUUUCUGUUAUUAAAAACUGACUGUAUGCAAUUGCUCAGAUUAUUCAAAAUAAUUAGGCGAAUAUUCAGACGUUUUAAUAUUUAGAAAGGUAUGUAGAAAAGUAAUGAAAACAUCCUAAUUAUUUUGCGUAAUAUCUUUUAUAUAGACUGAAGAUACAGAUUGGUUGAUAAUCACCGUGUUUUUUUAUAGAGACUGCUUUCUAACGCUUAAAUCUGUAAACUUUUCCUCCGAGAACAGGAACACAUUACUUGGUGAUAGUAAGAAUGAAUAUGCAAAUAACUAAUUUCUUGAAGAUUUCUGGUUGCACUUUUUGUUAAACAAUGAGAUUUUACUAUAGUUAUUAUUUGAUUCCUAUUUAAAAUAGAAAGUUAUAGAUACCAUAUUCACAUGCAAUACUUUAAUAUCUGCCACAUUAAAUUGAGCAGAUUUAUGAUUGAUCCAUCUUUUGUAUUUAAAACAAAGAGCUAUUCAUUACAUUAUGCAACCAGUACUUAACAAGAAACUAAAUAAAAUUAUUUGUUAAUAUAAUAUAUUAGUGAAAAACAUUACAUAUUCCUGUAAUUGGUUUGAAAAAUUAAUAAGGGUAUUAUAUUAAUGCUUAGAAUAUUGAGUCCAUUUUAUAGAAAACAUUGAUCAUAAGAUAGUAGAAACAUAAUAUCAAGAAGACUUUAUCUGAAACAUUUAUUUUAUGAUUUAAUUAAAAGUGAAUUUUAUUUUUAUUUACUAUUUAAAAGAAUGUGGUCCACCUUUCUUUUUGUUAUGUUUUUUUUAUACAUGAAAGGAACAAUCAAGUUUCAUAUAAUGCUUAGAACAUUAGAAGCAACAAGUACAUAGCUGAAUAAAAUUACGCUUUUAAGAUUGUUCUUCAAAUGUAAUGGACUUUGUUUUUUAAAUAUCUUUUUUCCGAGGGACCUAGAAUAAAAAAAGAGAACGGUUUGACAUUUCGAGCAAAAUACGUACGUAAACAAUGGAUUGGUUAAUUUGUAUUAUAGCAAUACGUAUGUAAAAAUUGUUAAAACGAUUGCGAUUAUAGUUUUAGAUGUGUGUUUAUCUUGCAAUACUUUUAGAUCUUUAUUCUAUAACAAAAUCUGUAUAUAAUUUGUAAGGAAAAUCUGCAAGCUCUUGCAAGUUUUAUAGCAAUAUGUAGUAACUUAUUCGUAAUAUUAAUUGUCAUACUGUUGUUAAUGUCGUACACUGAUAUUCUCAACAAAAAUCAAUCUCUCGAAAAGUUAUUUGAAAUUUUAUCUAGAAUAUCGCAAAAGCCAGAUAAUUUCGAGAGUUUUUAAGCAUUCUGUUUUAUAACAUCGACAAGCAUAGAAAAAUUUAGGGUCAAUUAAAAGAAAAUGCUCUGUUAAAUAACGAGAUUAAAAAAAACUGUAAUACGUCGCUGUGAACAGUUGUAAUUUGAGAACGGACAUGAAUGACCUGCAUAGAUACUAUGUACUUUCCAAUUUCGUAUUUUUAUUCCAUCCUGAUGAUACGAUUAAUUGGAAAAUCUAUAAUCGUGAUAUUUUUUUAUAUGUUUACUCUUUUAUAUUAGCAAACUAUGUGUUUUAGACGAUUUAAUUACCUAUGAUCACUUAUUUGUAUUCAGUGACACAUUAUACUUUAAAUACUUUUCGUAUCGUUGUGAUUAAGAACGGGAAAUUAAUUUUUUCGUGUAUUUCAUUCAAGUAUACAAAGAUAACUUUAACGGCAGUUGAUUGCAGAUGUAACGAACAUUUAAGCUAAAUAACAGAAUGUACCAGUGGAAUAAACAAGAUAAAUUUAUUAUG